AUGCUCUUUGUGCUUUUGAACGGACAGAGAACAACUCUUCCAUACCCUCUCGCAUCCUGUGUUUCACUGAAAGUGGAUAUUCUUGUACGAGUUGAUGGUAGUACUAGUUUAAGUGGAAUUCACUUUUUAGAUUUGGGGAAAGUAGUUGACAAGGACUUAAAAGCUAUAGUGAAGGGAAGGAUUGCAUGGUCAGAUGAAGAGGAAGCUGCAAUUAAGGAUGGAGUAUCAAAACACGGUGUUGGAAAAUGGCGAAUAAUUCUUAAUGACCCCGAGUUUAGCACUACGUUGAAACUCCGUACAAAUGUGGACCUCAAGGAAAUGCAUGAAUCUAAUUCAUGUGCUAUUGUUAAUAUCAUUGCAAGCAAGACAGGACAAAUUGCCCCCUCCAAACUUGAAGGUGUAUACGCGGAGAAACAAAAAACUGUCACCACUGACGGAGAACUAAACAAGGAGAAAUUGCCACCUCCAAACUUGAAGUUGAUUUCGGAGAGAAACAAGAGAAUGAUCACAUCAGAUGGAACACUAAAAGAGCGAGAAAUGGAGUAUGAUGCGACAGCCUCAGCAGGCAGCCUGCAGGAUGGAGUUUGUGCUGAGCCGAUAAGGGCAAGGCGGAUGAGUAGUGGUGAGGAUUCAGCUGCUGUCGCAGCAGCACUUAAAAAGGCCAAAACUGCUACUGCAUCUGGUGAGGAAGCCGAAAAGGAGGCUGUAAAGGUGAGGAAGCAGAAAAGGAGGCUGUAA